AUCUCCAUCAGAAGAAGCCACCAGCCUUUUAAGGUGGGAGCAGCUUAAAACGCUUCAAUCAAAGAACAACAAGGCUCUAUCACUGCGGACAUGCGUAGAAGAAAUUGUCUUCAACUUUAUAUAUCCUCGAAUUGAUUUGGAGAUUAGUUCUACUCUAUGCUACAAUUCCUUUUCUUAAACCCACGGUGCUAUUAUGGUCUCCAAAAAAAUGAACCAUUUGCUUAAGGCACCCUUCUGUGUCCAUCCAAACACAGGUCGUGUCUGUGUUCCUAUUGAUCCGAAUAACUGCGAUGAGUUUGAUCCAUUAUUGGAAGUUCCAACACUUUCACAGAUCAUAGAAGAAAUCAACUCAGCAGGCCUCAAUAUGGAUGUGGAUGAUGAUAAUUCAGAUAGUAGUUUACUUGGGAAAUCAAUCAACUUCUCCAGAUCCUCUUUCCUAAAACGGUUACUAAAAUCCUGCAAGUUGUUGGAAGAGUGAUAAUAUGUUAAUGCAAUAGUCUACAUGAAGAAAUUGAGAGUUCAUACAAAAACAAAAUUGCUAAGACUAAGGAUUCAUUCAGCUGGUGACUAA